AUGGUGUGCUCAUUGCUGACAUCACAAGGACUCGUUGGAGCGACGUACGCGUCGAAGAAGACGAGGCACAGUGACAGGCGUGUGAUGGAUUACAAGUGUCAGAUAAACGAUGGGUUCUGUCGCUCGGCGUCCCGUUUGAACUGCCCGCCAAGCCGGUGUGUGUGUGCCCACGUCUUCUUCGUCUUCUUCUUCAACCUGUCAAUCAGAUGAGCCCGACGACGUUCCGACGUUCAGGCGACUACAGUAAUUAAGGCUCUCAAGGGUGACUGACGUGGGAAACUUUUUCCGAAGUCGUGUUUCUGACCGGUAGUUGGAAGGAUUGCCGACGUUUUUGAAGAUGCUUGGAAGGUUUUUGGAUAGGUUUAAGGAAAGGGAUUGGUUUGAAGAACUUUAGAUGGGUUUAAAGUUAGGAAUCGGGUUGAAGAGCUAAUUUCAUUUUCUCCUGACAAAAAGUUUCGCGAUCAUCGGUCGAGCUCAUGAGAGUUUAUCUAUGAAAUCGUAGGAUGGAAGUUUUGGCUCGAUUUAUUGAAAAAAUUUUAUUUUUAGUUAGCGUUAUAUGAAUAAAACAUAUAAACAGAGGAUUAAAAGAUCAAGCUUGUCUUUUUAAUUUUAAAGUCUGAACAAAAACUGAGAUACCCUAAAGGGACCACUUGAGCUUAGGGGCCUAGGAACCGAACCCUGGACCGCUAGAAGGACCACUUAAACUCCCAUAUGGGACUCUUUUUUGACCCCUAACCCCUACAGGGAUCACUAUGGAGUAUACAUCUCAGUUUCAAGUGGUUUUAGAAGUUCUCUGACCUUUCCCAGGCUUUGGAACAAGCCUUUGAACUUUUGAAAGGUCCUUAUUUAUUUUAUUCAUAAAGUUAUAAGGUUUCAGGCCAUAGACGGUAGCAUUCCACCAAAUGGCCUUUAUUUUCAAAUGAACUCAUUGAAAAAAAGACAAACAACCCUCUUGAAAUGGAAAUAUGUACUUAAUUGUGGACGGCAUUGCCAUCCGUCAAUCGUCACAAAACUCAUUAGAGCCAUAACCGGCUGUCAAGCGACGUCACACGCGAAAUCAGCGACGUCGGAUCGCUUUGUGCUGCGGACGAGGGUCACGUCCGAAACAGACCCCCUAACUUGACCACUUGGCGGUCUCUUUGGCCUGUCAGUCCAUUGUGUGGAGACACCUGUCAGCUUGCCCAAGAAGAGGAUGCGGUAGUUUUGCGAGUCCAGGGUUUUGGGAUUUUCGGGUUUGCGAGUCUCGUAUUUUUUGGGGGUUUUGGGGUUUUUGGGCUUCAGUUUUGUGAGUAUAGUGGUUUUGUGAGUUUGAGACUUUGCGACUACGAAUUUUAGAGUUCGGUUAGCUUGACUCAGAGAUUUUCUUCAGAAUGGAGUGUAUUGGAAGAAAGAGAUGUCUUCAGAAGUAAUCGGGAAAAAAGAUCUGAAGUAGCUUUUUAAGUCUAAAAACUGUGGACUAGAGUUGCAAAGCGUGUUUUUUAAAAAAAGCGAGUCCAGAGCUUGGUUUUCGGAAGUUUGAGAUCUGCGAAAUUCUGAAAAUCUUUAUAUAUUUGAGAUUGGAAGCUUAAUAUUCUCGGCCGGUAUCUACUACACUGAACAGAAUCAGAAGAGCAAUUUUAGAAAAUUCUCAUUUUUCGAGUACCUCUACUAAAAAUUCAGAAUUGCAUGCAAACCUCCAUAAUAUCUGGAAAUCUCCACAAAAUAAAUUCGCACUGGAACCGAAGGUCGACAACGGUUCUUUCCCAAGACAUCAAGGGCCUGUGUCUGGGAUUUGACGGAUCGCCGUCAAUUUGUAAUUAAUAAAGGACGCAGCGUCGUCGUUUUGUGUUGUUGUGCUGAGCGUUUGGGCGUGUUGUAUGUGCUGAAAUCAAUCAGCCGGCGGCUCGUCGCUUUUACCGUUGUCCAACCGGACAGACAGCGACACGCGCGUCCGGCCUCGACGAUUAAUUGCCGCCUCGCAGCCUCGUCGUCCCUUCUUCGCAACUUGAGCACCGGCUCCAGCGAUUUAUGGCUCAUCCCCCCGUCCGACGUUCAUGUUGUCCAGAACGGCUGCCUCGGGUUUUAUCGCUUUCGAGGUGUUUGGGUAGCCAUCAGUACUGGAAGCUGCCUGAACGUCUGCCUCGGUUUAUCGCUUUCGAGGAAUUUUGGGUAG